AUGGGGCUUCCCCCCUUAAGUCCCGCAGUCUCUUGCUCAGCUCUUUGCAUUCUAACAAUCGUUUCAGUCUUUUGCUUUGGUUCCACCACCUAUGGCUAUGGCAUUGGCGGGAAUGAGACAGACCGACAAGCCUUGCUUGAAUUCAAGACCAAAAUAGUCGAUGACCCUUCCAUGGUUUUGAGUUCAUGGAAUGACACCACCCACUUCUGCCUGUGGCAUGGUGUUACAUGUGGUCGACGCCACCAGAGGGUCACGGAGUUGCGCCUCCCAUCUCAGAAACUCGUGGGAUCUAUAUCGCCUUUCAUUGGAAAUUUGAGCUUUCUAAGGCGUCUAUAUCUCCCAACCAAUAGCUUCAGUCAUCAAAUCCCUCCAGAAAUCGGCCGUUUGCAUAGAUUAGUGUUGCUACAGUUGGCCGACAAUUCAGUAGGUGGCAAAAUUCCUACAAAUUUAUCGGGGUGCUCUAACCUCAAGUAUUUCGGACUUGCUUUUAAUCAGCUGACUGGGGAAAUUCCUAUUGAGGUUGGCUCCUUGUCAAAGCUCAAAACGUUUGCUGUCGACCACAACCUACUAACAGGAAGUAUCCCUCCAUCUCUUGGCAACUUAUCGUCACUUGAACAACUUUAUUUACCCUCAAAUAAUAUAGGUGGGAGUAUUCCUAGUGUUCUAGGCCAACUUAUGAACCUUACAGUUAUUUCUUUUUCUUCGAAUCACUUUUCUGGCACCAUCCCUCCAUCAAUCUUCAAUCUCUCUUCUAUUAAAAUUCUUAAUGUGGGAGAAAAUCAAAUCCAAGGGAGUCUUCCGUGGGACUUGGGGAUAACUCUUCCGAAUCUCAAAUCCUUCUCCGUGAGCAGUAACAAAUUUACUGCAGGCUCCAUUCCUCAUUCAAUAUCCAACGCCUCAAAUCUGGAACGACUUGAUUUUGGAUGGAACAAAUUUACCGGAAACAUGCCUUCUUUCGAAAAGUUGCGUUGGCUACAAUUUUUGAGCACUAGCCUCAACCACCUAGGAAGUGGGGGAGCUGAUGACUUGAAUUUUCUCUGCUCUUUGACUAACGCCACUAGCUUAGAGCUAUUGGCUAUAAACGGCAACAAUUUUGGUGGACUAUUGCCUGAAUGCAUCAGUAACUUGUCAUCUACUCUUAUAGUAUUGGUAGUAGAAGAAAAUAAUAUAGUUGGAACGAUUCCGAGUGGGAUUGUAAAUCUCGUCAACUUAGAGAUGCUCCACAUGUGGACUAACAAACUUUCAGGUAAAAUUCCCGCUGAUAUUGGAAAGCUUCAUAGACUACAAUCAUUGCUUCUUCACAUAAACAACCUCUCUGGCAACAUCCCACACUCUCUUGGAAAUCUGAGUAUGUUACUCAAACUAUCUUUAAGUCAUAAUAAUCUUCACGGAAGCAUCCCUUCAAGUCUAGGAAACUGCCAAUGUUUACUCUUCUUGGCUCUUUCUGAAAACAAUCUCAGUGGCACCUUACCUCCCCAGGUCUUUGGUCUCUCAUCCUUGUCAAUUGGUCUCUAUUUGUCUCGUAACCGUUUCACCGGUCCCCUUCCCAUGGAAGUUGGAAAUCUGAAAAAUCUAGGUGAAUUUUCGAUUUCAGAAAACAUGUUAACUGGUGAAAUUCCAGGGAGUCUUGGAAGUUGUGUUAGGCUGGAGUCUUUAGACAUGCAAGGAAACUUCUUACAAGGGACCAUUCCAUCAAGUUUUGGUUCUUUGAGAGGACUACAGGAAUUAGAUCUUUCUCGAAACAAUCUGUCAGGAAAAAUUCCAGAUUUUUUCGUGGGUUUCAACUCACUGCAACUUUUGAAUCUGUCUUACAACAAUUUUGAGGGUAUGGUGCCUUCAGACGGCAUUUUCAAGAACUCAAGUGCAACUUCAGUUGCGGGAAAUAGUCAACUAUGUGGGGGAAUACCUGAGAUGCAGUUGUCUAAAUGCAACUUGAGAGAGUCUAAGAAGACAAAAUUGAACUUAACCAUGAAAUUAAUUAUCCCCAUAGUUUGCGGGCUUCUAGGAGUAAUUUGUGUGCUGUCUUUUUCAUUUGUCUUUUGGUUCACUAGGAAAAGAAAAGAACCCACUUCAAGUUCUUCAAGAAAUUUGUUUUUAAAUUUGUCGUACCAAAGUCUCCUAAAAGCCACCGAUGGGUUCUCCUCCACAAAUUUGCUUGGUGUGGGUAGUUUUGGAUCCGUGUAUAAAGGAAUCAUUAACGAGGGUCGGAUGACGAUUGCUGUCAAGGUGCUCAACCUUAUGAGACGUGGAGCUUCCAAGAGUUUUCUUGCUGAGUGUGAGGCCUUGAGAAACAUCAGGCAUCGGAAUCUUGUAAAGAUACUCACAGCAUGUUCAGGUGUUGAUUAUCAGGGUAAUAAUUUCAAGGCUCUAGUUUACGAAUUCAUGGUCAAUGGUAGCCUUGCGGAUUGGUUGCAUCCGACUGCUACAGAGGAUGAGGCGCACCAGGAGCAGAGGAAGCUGAAUCUUUAUCAAAGAUUGAAUAUCGCCAUUGAUGUUGCGAGCGCAUUAGAAUAUCUCCAUUAUCAUUGCCAAACACCAAUCCUACACUGCGACCUCAAGCCUAGCAAUGUUCUUCUGGACAAUGAAAUGAUUGGACAUGUCGGAGACUUUGGGUUAGCGAGAUUCGCUCCCGAAGCUGACCAUAACUCUUCAACCAAUCAAUCGAGCUCUAUUGGUGUAAGAGGAACUAUUGGUUAUGCGGCUCCGGAGUAUGGUAUGGGAAAUGAGGUGUCCUCCUAUGGUGAUAUAUAUAGCUUUGGGAUCCUCCUAUUAGAAAUGUUUACUGGAAAAAGACCUACAAAUGACAUGUUCCAAGGCACUUUAAAUCUACAUUCCUUCGUCCAAGAAGUUUUGCCUGAACGAGUUGUCGAGAUUGCGGAUCCAAUUCUUUUUCGGGGAAUAGAAGAGACAACCAUGAACAGUACUGAUAAUAACAACAACACUAGAAGAGAAGAAGAGAUAGCCAUGAACAGUACUGAUAAUAACAGCAGCAUUAGAAGAAGCAGAAUCCAAGAGUGUUUGAUUUUGACGUUUGGGAUUGGAGUUGCUUGUUCUGUUAAACAACCAGGAGAACGGAUGAGCAUGAAAGAUGUUGUAACUGAGCUUCAUUUGGUCAGAAAGAAGCUUCUUAAAACUACAAGUGGACCCUAACAUUAACGUACAGAUAAUACAAUGGUUCAAGACCCUUGUAAUUUGAGACUAUGGGGGUUCUUAUAUAUGGUUCAAGCUCACAGGGACUUGGUGAGACGUCUUAUUUGUGUUUGAUGUACUGGAAUUUGGUUUAUAUUGAUGUUUAAACUUUAUUAUGUUUGGAGAC